AUGUUUGUUGCACAAGGGCUUAGGGUUAGACAAAUGUACUGUACGGCAUUGAAAUCUCAAUCUCUUCCACAAACCGACUCAGUUUGUGAGGAAAUAAAUUCAUUUUUCCUUGUGGUUGAGGAUCCUGAUGUACCUGCACCCAGUCCGGUUAUUCAUGGUAUUUACUACGAUAUUCCUCCUUCAAGAUUGAAAGUCCGCAAGGAGGAUUUCGUAGAAGUGAAGAAGGAUGAUUGUGGUGGCAGCAGCUAA